AUGGCGGAGGCUGCGGCGACUGAGGAGGAAGCCCCCAGCCUGCAUGUGCAAUGCCGCGACUUCAACAAGAUGCCAUGUGCAAAGGUGGAGCAAUGGUUAGCCGAAAAUGCCGGCGUGCCGCUUCAGAAAGUCUUCAAGCUGCAGACCUGGAGUUACGCUUUCGUUACUGUUCUUCCAGAACAUAAGCAAAAGUUCCGCGAGGCCGUGGAUGGUUUGCUGAUGCGCAAAUGUUGCGUGUCGGUAAAUGAGGGCACUCCUCGGAAGAGCCAGCCCAAGGGGGACGAGGAGCGGAGCAACAAGCGGCAGAAGGUCAAGGACUUCCCGCCUGGCCACAUUCCGACCCUCAAGGACCUCAAGGACAAGCUGAAAAACAAAGAUCCCGGCGACGUGCUGCGGAAGAGCGCUCCGCUCAUCGAUUGGAGCUACGAGACCCAACUGAGCAUGAAGGGCACCUACAUCAAGACCGCAGUACGGUCCUUUACGAAGCAGGUGGACAAGAAGUGCAAGGACCUGAGCCUCCCGGCCCCAGCCUGGACCUCCUUCGAGUGGUCCAAGGCCUGCGGGGCACCGAUUGGCUGCGCCUGUCCCUUGGACCCGCCCAUCGGCACGCCCGAAGGAAGCCUGGAAGGGUACCGAAACAAGUGUGAGUUCAGCAUCGGCAAGAGCGAUGCCGGGGACAUCGAGUGCGGAUUCGUGCGUCGGAUCACAGAUGACGGCUACGGGCGCAUCGUAGCCAGCUGCGAAGACGUGCCCGGACCUUGGCAUGAUCCCUUUGGUGUUUUUUUUAAUGUGAAUGUCGGAGUGAAUCGGACUUUGCUACGACUUCGUUCGGGCGCGCAGGGUGGUUUCUGGUUGAGGGUUCGGGGUUAG